AUGCCCCUCCAAACAUACCACCUCUCUUCCUCCCCCAAGGGCCUCUCCAGCAUAACAACGCUGAUCGUGGGCGCCACCGAAGCCGUCCUCAUCGAUCCCCCCUUCCUCAAACCCGACGGCGAAGCCGUCGCUACGUGGAUCAAAAAAACAACCGACAAACCCCUCAAAGCCGUCUUCGUCACCCACCACCACCCAGACCACUUCUUCGCAGCAAACUCCAUUUUCGAGGCAUUCCCGGACGCCAAGUUCUACGCGGCACCCUAUGUCCUCGCGGGAAUCAACCGCGAGUAUGACGACAAGGUCAAGUACUGGCCGUCGGUGUUUGGGGAAGAGAAUGUGCAUGCGCAGCCGAGGCGGCCGGAGGUGUUUGACUUUAGCUUCUUUGUCCUGAAUGGGGAUCCGGAGAGUCCGGUUGUCCUACUGGGCCCCUUGCAGGGGGAUAGUGUGGAUCAUACGCUGUUUUGGUUGCCGGCUGAGAAGACGAUUGUUUGUGGGGAUGCUGUCUAUGGGAGGAGUACGCAUGUUUGGGUCGAGGAGGUCGAGACACCGGCACUGCUCGAAGCAUGGAACAAGACGCUCGAGCUCAUCGGCGCUCUAGAACCCGCAAAGCUUAUCCCCGGCCAUAUGGAGUCUGGAUGGGAGCUUAACGCCAAGGAAGACCUCGCCCACACAAAGCGGUAUCUCGAUCUCUUCUCGAAGAAGAUCACGUACGCUCCGAAAAAGGCAUCUGUACAGGAACUCUUCGACUUCUUCAAAAACGAGUUCCCUCAGUGCAAAGAGAAUCUCGAUUUCUUCUUGGGUCAUCUGUCGAAUCAGUAUGGCGAGGGAGGCCAGGUUUGGAAGGAAAACAGACAUCAUAAUGUUGGGGCGAGGACAAUCGAGGGGUUGAAUGGGUAUUGGUUCAAAUAA